UUUGUCAAAGUUAUCGUAGAUAUGGCUGCGAUAGUGGCUCAGGUCACCGGAUUCUUUGUGUGGCCACUUUUGGAGAACAAGCCAGUCCUAUGGUUGAUUCCAGUUUCCGCGCUUUGCAUAUCUCUGGGAUGGUGGGAAAACUAUGUUACUCGGCAGAGUCCUAUAGGUAUAAUCAAAAGUUUAGCAAGACUCAAAGAUGGAUUAAAUUUCUCCCGCUACUACACCUAUCGGUUCAUGUCCAUUUGGAAAAUCUUUGUCUUUAUGAUGUGCAACCUGUUUUUCAUAUGGCUCGAGGGCGACGAACCCAGCAUGUUCUUCCAAUUGUUCAAUGCUGGGUUUGGACAACAUAACAUUGUUGUAGAAGAAGUGAGUUGAAUUA